AUGGUUUCCGAUUAUAAUAGCAGUGUUCCAAAGAGUUUCUCCAUGAUUUACAUCCCUUUCGAGGAUCGGGCUUACUAUAACCAUGUUAUAUUUUCUAGCUAA